AUGCCGACUUCCUCUGGCGCUUCGGUGCAUUCUAAUGCCAUGGCCUCAAUUGGGAAUCAGAUCAGCUAUAGGAUGCUUCAGAUUGCGCAUUACGGCCAACCAACGAUUGAGAUCGAGCUUGACGAUAGCCGCCAUGGGACCCAGGGCAGCUAUGUCACUAGCUAUUCGACCAUGGACACGCUGGAAGGCACCGUGACUAUCUCAACACAGCACGACACGAGGUUCGAGGAUAUCGAAAUCGCGUUUACAGGUACCGCGCAAGUCUAUAUCGACAGACUCACGACUACGCCAUCGAUGUCAGGCCGGACCGAAGCAUCUCAUCGCUUCCUGACGCUCAAGCAACCCAUGGAUGCUUCCGAUCUCCCCACGCCACGCAUCUUGAGGGCGGGCCAGAAGUACACAUUCCCCUUCUUCUUCACCGUGCCAGCCCACCUCCUUCCGCGAGCAUGCCCGCACCGCGUCGCUUCAGACAACGUCCGCGACACUCAUCUCCUGCUACCACCGAGCCUUGGAGACGCAGAACUUUCUGGGUUCGGUGGCGCGUUACUUGACGAUAUGGCUCCAGAGAUGUCGAAGAUCAUAUAUGGAAUCAAGGCCCGGAUAACGCAGGUGCGGGAAUCAGACGGGUCGCUCUCUCUGCUGGCAGAGAGGACGAAGAAGGUCCGCGUCAAGCCCGCUUUUGAGGAGCAACCGCCGCUCAACAUCGACGCGAACGACGAAUACAGGGCACGGCAGGAGAAGACCGUUAGGAAGGGACUGUUCAAGGGCAAGCUUGGGACAUUGACGGCACAGACAGCCCAGCCGAAGGCACUCGUCAUCCCAGGAGCGCGAUCAACGGGCAACCACCCGAUCAACACGAGGGCAAAGGUACUCCUGCGAUUCGAUCCUUCGGAAGAACACAGCACGCCACCGCCGCUGGGCCAACUUAAGACGAGCCUCAAAGUAUCGACCUAUUAUGCUUCAUGUCCCAGGCACACCUUCCCAGCUCGAUCAUCACUUGGUUACGACUUGACCCAGGGCGUCUACUCCGAGAGCCUCUCCCUCUCCAACAUGUGCAUCGCCUCCGCACAGUGGGAGAAGCAUCCCGCAUCCGCCAACCCCGUGUGCUCCGACAUUCUCGCCCGCCGCGACUCCGGGAUCUCUGACUGCUCAAACGACGUCGCCGACACCUUCCACACAGGCAUUCCCCCCGCCUCCAAGCACUACAAGCACGGCUCCUUCUACACAGCCUCAGUCCUCGUCCCCAUCACGCUGCCCAACAACAAAAACUUCAUUCCAACCUUCCACUCCUGCCUCAUCUCCCGCGUCUACGGCCUCUCGCUGCACCUCUCGGCCCACGCACCGGGCGUCACAGAUCCCUCGCUGCACCUCAAAGUGCCCAUUCAGAUCUGCGCCGAGGGCAGCGAUACCGGGAAUGAGAACGCGCGGGCACGCAGCGCCGAGGCCGUGGUGCUGGAAGAGGCGGAGCGGCUGUUUACGCCCAGGAGCGUGGCGCCGCCGAGCGAUGAGGGGCACGACGCUGAUUUGCCGCCCGAGUACGCGGCAUUCGCUCCCACCGCUGGCAGACAUCAUGCUCGCGUUACGGUGGUGGGGUGAUCGAGAGAUUUUGUAGAGGUCAUGAUGUAUGGUCAUCUGGCUAGAUACCCGGAAAGCGUCUUGGUCCACGGUCUUCCGAGGCGCAGCCGCGAUAAGACUCGCGGAAAGAAUUGGUUCUCGGCUCUCAACGAUCGGAGCUGAUGUCGUAUACCUUUACGACGCUUUUAAGACCGGUUUUUUUUUUUUGGGUUUACUGUUUCGGUGGGCUUGCUUCGGGAUUGGGAGGUUCAGAAUGGUCUGUAUGUGUUUUCUGAUUCGGUGUAGUUACUUGAUACCCCCUAGCUGCUGAAGAUUGCAGCUGUUCACUUAGUACACACAUAAUAUUUUGUAUAGUAGUUUGAACGCGUACAUGACUGUUGUUUUUACGUGGCUAUCUGCUAGCUCUCCCGAUUAAUCUCCCCUGUUCAUUCGUAGACCUUUUCUUCUGCCGUUGACGAAAGCACGCUUUGGGAGGAUAGUGGAC